AUGCAAGCAAAUGACAAUUGUUUCAGAGAGAUUCUCAACAAAUGUCUGCUUACGUGGUAGCCGUUCAGGUACAAGCAAAGUGCUGCAAAAGCAAAACCCUUACGCGUGAUACAUGAUUAUUUGAGAGUGAAGACGAAGACGCAUCUUGAAACCUCCCGCGCUGCGGCAAGAAGUGGCAUCAUCCGCGUAACUUUACUUCUAUUUGUGCAUUUAGGAAAUACUUCUAUUUCAUUUUUCUUCUAGUGGUCGACAAGGAUCCAAUCAAGGCAUGGCGUGCUGUGGUGGCGGGAAAGCACCAGACACGGUACUUUAGUUUGGAAAAUGAAUUCGUACACGUAGUUGUAUUCUUAGUUUCAUCAUCUACUUCUAGUACUGCUGCUUAUAUAGAUACCUUAAACUGUUACUCAGUUUCACCGUCGAUUGCCACCUCUAGAAGUAGCACAAUAAGACCACUUCUAGUAUUUUGUUUUUACAACAGUCCAAGUUGGACGCCGAGUUGGCUGCAGCCAAGCGGGAAAAGGAUGAAGCGGAUAAAGAGACUGAGCGCAUUAGGAAGGAAAAGGAGGCGCGUGAGAAGGAGCUGGCCGCAGAGAGAAAAAGGCUCGCCGAGCUUGAGGCAAAGAAAAAUGAAAAGCCUGCUCCACUUCCUACCCCGCCGCCAAAGCCGGAUAAGAACAGCGCUGUUACGUACUUUGCUUCUUCAUACUGCUUGAUGCUCUCGUCUGUAUACUUUACAUGUUAAAAUUGAGCUGAAGACUUGCAUCAGUAUUUCAUAUUCUUAAAUCUUUCUGCAGAGCGAAGCAGGCGUCACUCCAGCGACAGAAAGAAGAAAUUCUUAUGCUUGCGCAGAAAAUGCUCGACCAAGAAAAGGAGUUGCCAAGUAUAAUGAAGCUGCAGCCACCCGAAGUCUCAACGCUGUACCAGAAGUACAUCCGCAAUCUUAGUGGCUUCCAUUAUGAUGAACAUCACCAGGAACAGCUGCAGAUGUCGUUGUGUUUCCACCUGUCGUGUAUCUUAGGUUUAUUUCCCAAACACAUGCCGACAGCGACAGAUUCUACUGUUCCAGCUAAGUAUAUCAACGUUGUGAUAAAUGCCUUUAAGGCUGCACUAUUUGUGCUCCGUUGAUCCUUGGAUGUAUCUUCACGGUCUCUCUGAAGAAACCACUUAAACCUGAACAAGGUUAUAAUUGAACCGGAGAUCAUCUUGAUCUCCUAGGAGACUCACGGGACCGUUGACUCUUGGUUGGAGUGACGCGGAGUGUCAUGGAUGCUUGUCCUCGUCUGGUUCUGAUCUUGAAUACCUAAUUCAGAUCGAUUAGUAGGCACGAUUCAUUUCGUGCUCUCGAUUGCGCUCUUUCCGAAAGGAAUUCGGUUAGCAAUUGGUUUGUAUCCCCUGUAUAGCCUAGCGCUUCCUCACGCCAUUCUUCGGAAUCCUGUCAGGAACUGUUUCACCUUGUUGAUGGUUAGUGAGGACCAUUGGAGGUGCAAUGAUGAUGAUAUAUCAAGUUGUAGCACUAGCAGUAGUACGAUGUAAGUAGUUGCCGCACCCAAUGAAAGCGGUACUUCAACAAGAACACGGGUUCGCUUCUAAAACCAGCAGCCGUAUUUCUGCUUUGCGCUACUCGAGCUCGUUGCGUGCAUUACCUUCGGCCAGAUGAAACGCUGUGACCAUCUAUGUUGAUCCGAUUAUGAUGUUGUAGAUUUCCAUAUAAUCCAUGUCAUCGUACAUCUUGAUCUACGUAGCCUGAGGAGAAGAAUAAAGAAGCUAUUCUUGCACCAAACGAAAAUGACGUAAAAGUAAAAUUAUAGAUGGUCAUUUGAUAUUGUUGGGAGCACAAAUAUUUGUGAGCAACUCCACAUCAACCUAAGCACCCGCAUGAGUAGUUGGAGUUGUGGUUGUGCGUACAUAGCCGUAGUUGUUAAGGAGUCAGAAAGUUGUGUGAAACACUCUUUUUUGCUUUACGUAGUGGCCGUUGUUGUAAUAAUUCGUUCCUUCAUUGUCUGUUGCUACGGUCUGGCUUAGGGUCGAUGGGGCGAUAACGUUGGUGGGCGCGCUACUUUUCGCACUCUACGUACUAGACAAACUGUUCUGCUGCUUGGGACGCUACUAAACCCAUUGUCACUGUGAUUCGUAGAAACAGUUGAGUGCUCCUUGUUAUGUAUUUAUGUCUGAGAAUCGUCAGAGUGUGUGACUUGUCAUACUUCUCGUCUUGUUUGCCUUUGUCAUGAUACAAUUCUUAUUGAUUCUAAUUCAUCUUCAUUCGAUACACGCAAUCAGGUGAAAAUCUGCUUGGGUCCUGUUUACAAUGCGUUGGAUGGCGACCCACGAGGGUUGGGUAGGCGGUUACAACUUAUGUAUAGCGGAGGAUCGGAAAUGACGACUCUCCCCACCGACCCAGCGAGCAGAAAAGCUGCUGUAACUAAGGGCUUUCAGAUCUUUGACCUCUUUGCCGACAUGGCGGGAUGGAGAAACAAAAAGUACGUCAACAUUUGUGAUUUUGGAUUCGGAUUCGGGUACUACUAGCACUACAUGUUAGCAUGACAUCAACAAGAACUCAAGAAAAAAGGUGGUCUCUAACUCUAUCAAGGCCACAGCGACUGCUUGCCGAGUCGCUCUUGUCUUCCUCCUUGACGAUUGCCACACCCCAUUGAAAAUCUUCUACCAACAGGGUCUACGUAGUUUUGUCCGCUGCAACUGGUGGAGUUUCGAUGGCGAUAGCAUUUGGCUGGGUGCCGGUAGCGUUUGUUCUCACCAUGAUGGCAGAAUUUCCGGCAGUUCUAUCCCUCUUUCUCACUAGCUGCGACCCCGUCCUCGACAUUGUCAUGUUGGGUUUCCACUUGCUACGGAUACGUACCACCUCAUCUAGAAGUUUUUCGUGAUGCGUACGAAUAUUUGCAAGAGCGGCCUUAGUAAGGCUCUUCACAUCGAGCUACUCUUAUCGAAAAUGAUCAUGAUCAGAAAAACUAAGACGUCCCUACUCGACGACAAGAUCAUUCUACUUUUUGAUAGAAGUCCGUCGUACUUCUACUCUACUUUUUCAUAGAAGAAAAAGACAACAUACUACUAACUACUUACUUACUUCGUUCUUUUCUUGUAUUAAUUUUUUGACUUCCUCCAAACAACUCCAGUAUUCCUUCUCGAUCUGCUGAUUAAACUGUGGGAGUGCUACGGAGGCAGCGAUCCGGGAUUCGUAAAGGACCAUCUCCGGGAAUAUGGCGCAAAUUGCUACUUCGAUAGAAUGGGUACAAGCUUGGUCGACAAUAAACUACUGCUACUAACUUUCUUAGUAGAACUUCUGUUUCAUUUUUUUAUCUCAUACAAUUGAUCAACUCUUUUUUGUCUAAGGUCUACCUGCUUAUCUCAUACGAUUGUUCAGCAACAGCAUAAAAAUCGUAAAAGAGAAGCAUCUAAAUGGGAAAAUUUGAUGAACCCGCAUCUGCACUCAAUACAGAGGCGGGUAUCGGAACGAAGCCAAUGCGGGAGGAUGUCCGCUACGCCUUUUAUCCGGAAGAAUUAAAGCCGGAGUCAUAUAAGGACAUUGAGCGUAUCAAUGUCGAAUUGCGAAACCUGGAAAACGAGUUGGAAUCCGCGACGAAGCCUUUGCUGCCAUGAGGACGAGAUCCAUGGGAGAAUGAUACGUAAACCGUCUAGGUCUACUUCUCAAGGCUUUGCUGUUUAGGAGAAUGUUACGUAGGCGUAGAAGACUAUCUACAUCUAAGUACUUCUCAACGUCAACGUGGUGGUAGUUCUGUUUUCGAAAGCUAGGAAGUGAUUCAAGCAGACUCUAACUUAAAAGCCAGAUCAUCUUCAGAGUUUUCAAAUAUGCUCAAGAAAACGGACUGAGAUCACACGAUACAACAAUAAGGGUAUGGACAACAAAAUUGGCCUCGAAGUGCCGGCGGUUUGAAGAGCACUAAAGAACUGCUCGAUGGUUUUUUUUUUGCCGAGAGCUAAUGUUAAUGAAUCCUAUUGGGAGUAAAGGGAGAACAAGAUACACAUACCUCCUGACGGGGGGCUCGUACCCUGGAAAAAAAUGCGUGGAGCAGCCACCAGAUAUCCUAAUGCAUCAUGGAAGUAUCGGCUGAAAAGUCGGGCUCGAAGAUCGUCAACAUAGCGGUGAGAAAUAUGGAAGAACUGUUUCAUCGCUCGGAGAAUGGAAGCGACUAGAACUUCAUC